GUCGUUGCUUGAAGUCCCUACUAUUUCCGGGCCACGGCAGCCAUGUUGAGGCGGAAGGACGGGACCACGUGACCGCGUUCCCUUUUGGUUCUUAUACAGACCACUGAACAAACACGCUGAUUUGUGGGACAAGUGCUUGCUGCCUGAACAAGCAGUUUUGCGCGAAAAGAAGUGGGAAAAUCGCUACAUCGAAAUGGCAGAAAUGCAGGAAUUUACUCCCCUUGAAAAGAAGGUGGCUGAACAAAUCGAGUAUUACUUUGGAGACCACAAUCUUCCAAGAGACAAGUUCCUGAAGGAGCAGCUUCAGUUGGAUGAUGGAUGGGUGAAACUUGAAACCAUGAUUAAAUUUAACAGGCUCAAGUGCUUGACAACAGAUUUCAACAUUAUCAUCAACUCUCUGAGAAAAUCGAAAACUGCCCUUUUGGAAAUCAAUGAAGACAUGACAAAAAUUAGGAGAUGUCCUGAUAAACCCCUGCCAGAACUGAAUGAGGAAUAUAAAGAUGCUGUCAAACACAAGUCGGUCUACAUUAAAGGCUUUCCAACAGAAACAUCCCUUGAUGAAAUUAAGGAAUGGCUGGAUGGCAAAGGUAAAAUUGAAAGUAUUCAGAUGAGGAGAAAUCUGCAGAAGAAUUUCAAAGGUUCCAUAUUCCUCAUAUUGGACUCUGAAGAAUCCGCAAAGCAGUUUGUUGCACAUCCUGAUUUGAAAUCGUUCAAAGACAAUGAAAUGAUUGUUCUUUUGAAAGAUGCUUAUGUUACAAAGAAAAUGGAAGAACGGAAACAUCUCCGAGCGGAGGCAAAGGCCAAAGCCAAACAUGAAAAAGAGGAAAAACAGAAACUGGCAGAAGAUGAGGAAAUGAAGUCUUUGGAUGAGCAGAUGGGCUGCCUGCUAAAAUUCUCGGGUGAUCUUGAGCAGACUUCAAGAGAGGACUUUCAUGAAUUGUUUUCUGGGCAUGGUCAAAUUAAGUGGAUUGAUUUUGUUCGGGGUGCCAAGCAGGGAAUCAUUCUUUUCAAAUCAAAUGCCAGGGAAGCUCUCGACAAGGCCCAAGAAGCCAGUGAAGGAGACCUGAAAAUAAAUGGCAAAGAUGUAAAGUGGGAGGUUCUGGGUGGGGAUGUGGAAAAGGAGACUCUGAAAAAGAUGAUUGAAAACCAACAGGAGUCCCUUAACAAAAGGAAAAGCAAAGGGGGUUGGAAACCUGGAGGUCGGGGAAGAGGUGGCCGAAGAGAACGAGGUGCCAGGGAUCAGGGCAAUACACAGUACCAGGGCAGGAAGACCACAUUUGACAGCGAUGAUGAUACUGGUGAAGGAGCAACUGUGAGCCCAAAGAAAAGGGUGCUGGAAGAAGGAAAUGGGAAAGAUGUCGGGGAACCAGCUGCAAAACAAGUGAAAACUGAAAAUGGAUCUGAAAAAUAAUCUCUCCAUAUUGUUUUAAGAUUUUAUUUGAAGUGUGGAUGUAAGCAGCUUUGAAUGCAUUCCAGCUGUGGCUUCAUUAAAUGGAAAAUCGCAUGAAGUCCACCUCAAUGUCGACCUACAGUUUAAAUGUAAAGAUGGAAUGGUUACUUCUCCAUUUCUACUUGCUUUGUAAGUUUGCAAAUGCAAAACUGCGAAUACUCAACAAUAAACAAAAUUACAUGGACAGAAUCAUGAGUAUCUAAAAUGGUAGUAUCAAUGUUUCUAUGAUUCUGAGCACAUCCUCUCUGGGUGUAUUUUUCAUUUUAUUUUUUUCAGAGAUGAAUGCGAGUGUAACCAUUUCGUACAUUUUGUGUGGUCUUUCAAAUGUAGUUUCCUUGUGUACAAAUGUUUAAGGUUUUGUUCUUAAAAAAAACAAACAUUGCAUAUAAUAAAUUUUGAUCUUCAAAAGUG